GCUGGUCGCGGCAAAGCAUCGGAGGGCAGCAUGGCGAGGCGGGUGGCCAUCAUCGGUGGGGGCAGCAGUGGGCUGUGCGCCAUCAAAGCCUGCCUGGAUGAAGGGCUGGAGCCCGUCUGCUUCGAGAGAAGCGGGGACAUCGGGGGGCUAUGGAGGUUUGAGGAGAAGCCUGAGGAGGGCCGCGCCAGCAUCUACCGCUCCGUCAUCAUCAACACUUCCAAGGAGAUGAUGUGCUUCAGCGACUUCCCCAUCCCCGACGACUUCCCCAACUACAUGCACCACUCCAAGAUCAUGGAGUACUUCCGCAUGUACGCGCGGCGCUUCGACCUGCUCCGCCACAUCCGCUUCAGGACCAGCGUGCGCCGCGUGGCCAAGCGCCCUGACUUCGCCACCACGGGCCGCUGGGAGGUGGAGACCGAGAGCGAGGGCAAGCAGGAGUCAGCCAUCUUCGAUGCCGUGAUGGUGUGCACCGGGCACCAUUGUGAAGCACACCUCCCGCUGCACACCUUCCCUGGCAUUGAGAAGUUCAAGGGCCGCUAUCUCCACAGCCGUGACUACAAGGAACCCCAGGAGUUCAUGGACAAGAGGGUCGUUGUCAUUGGGAUUGGGAAUUCAGGGUCAGACCUGGCCGUGGAGAUCAGCCAAGCGGCCAAGCAGGUCUUCCUCAGCACCCGCCGAGGUGCAUGGGUCUUGAACCGCGUAGGACAGCAGGGCUACCCCAUAGACACCAUCAUCACCACUCGCAUGAAGAUAAUCUUGAAGUAUCUGCUGACCGCCUCUGUAGCAAGCGACUACACAGAGAAGCAGCUGAACAUGAGAUUUGACCACAUAAACUACGGCCUGAAGCCAAAUCACAGGGUCCUCGACCAGCACCCAACUAUCAAUGACGACCUGCCCAACCGCAUCAUUUCGGGCAGGGUGCUGGUGAAGCCGAACGUCAAGCAGUUCACAGAAACAUCUGCCAUUUUUGAAGAUGGCACUAAGGAAGACAUAGAUGCUGUAGUCUUUGCCACUGGGUACAGCUUCUCCUUCCCCUUCCUUGAGGGCUACGUGAAGGUGGUGGAGAACCAGGUCUCUCUCUACAAGUAUGUGUUCCCUGUUGACCUGGAGAAGCCAACACUGGCUUUCAUUGGCUACAUCCAGCCUCUGGGAGCCAUCAUGCCCAUCGCAGAGAUGCAGAGUCGCUGGGCCACCCGUGUCUUCAAGGGGCUGAACAAACUGCCACCCAGGCACAACAUGGAAGCUGACAUCAAGCACAAGAAAGAGGAGAUGGCCAAGCGGUACGUGGCCAGCCGGCGGCACACCAUCCAGGUGGAUUACAUUCCCUACAUGGACGAGCUCGCCAGCCAGCUGGGUGCCAAGCCCAACCUGCUGUUGCUCUUCCUCACUGACCCCAAGCUGGCAGUGGAGGUGCUGCUGGGGCCCUGCACGCCCUACCAGUACCGCCUGCGUGGCCCAGGUGCAUGGCAGGGUGCCCGGGCGGCCAUCCUGUCCCAGCACCAGCGCAUUGUUCAACCCCUGCAGACACGGCAUGUGGAGAAGCACACCUCCACCAUGCCAUUCCUCCUCAAGCUGGCUGGGGCCCUGGCAGUCUUCGCUGUCAUCUUUACCUACCUGUAGGCUGCUGCACUCUGCCUGGUGGGGUUGGUAAUGCUUGGGGGGCUACACAAUCCCACAGCAGUCAUGCCCCUCACAUCAGGGAACUCUCCGCUUGUUGGCACAGCCCCACACAAUGAGUGUACUGCACCAGACCCUCCCAGGUGGGGCAGACCCAAAAAGUACCCUGUGGCAACCCUGGGAUGAAGGAAAAACCCUUUCUCAUGUGGAGGAAUGCCCUGUCCUGUUUAGGUAUUGCCGUUGGCUGAGCAUAGGCCCUUCUGUCAUCUGUAAUUCCAACCUGCAUCCACUGAUUACAUUCAUAUGGUUUCUACACAGCAAAGAUAUAGCAAAGUUUCUAAUCAGAUUAAAGUGUUUUCAACAGAA